AUGCUCCAAUACGCUCCGUACCGGAACAGACGUCUGGUUUAUUUCCUUUUGACAGUUGGUCUCCUCAACUGUCUCUAUAUUGCAGGAUGGUGGAUCGCCAUCCAUUGGGAGAUCCAUUCAGGCAGAAAAGCAAGCGACUGCAAGUCCGACUGGCAAUACCUUGAUUACUCGCCUAAGACAAGCAGGUUUGAGUUGUCAUUCGUGGCGCAUGUUGCGAACGGUGGCCGCGGCAUCGGCAGAAGUGCCGACCGGCGCAUCCGUAGUCAACACAUCCUAAUGCGUCCUUCACGCCAGCAGAACUAUACGUUUGCGGAGAUGGCCGAGAUCGAGGAUGAUAACUGGAGACUCCCAAUUCCUAGUUCCGUUUUCAUGCUGUACCCACAGGCGCUGGAUAUGAAACAAGUGGUGACAAAUAUAACGAGCUGCGGUUCCAUACCAGAAGUAGGUGUGAAAAUCACAAAGGAUACAUCAUCUGCUUCCGCGGUAUCCAUCGAAUGAAGCAUUUAACCUGCACUAUUUUGAAUGCAGUAUAUUGUCUUAGUUGAAUCUGACUACCAGUGACCAUGAAGUAUAUUCAGGACAACAUGCAUGUACAUAAUCGGGCAGGCAUAUUAUUCACCUACCAAAGGGCCUAAGUAAGAAGUAGGAAUUUGCUUCUUGAAUCGUCGACACUAGUGUCGAUCCGGUCAUACGUCCGACUCCGUGCUCUAUUUUUAGACUUGAAGGAACGGUUUCAUUUGGCGUUUGGUGCUCUGAAAGUAAGUGCAUUUAGUAUCCUGUAGAACCGUCGGAGAGCCCGUAGAGAUUGCGUACUAUAAUAAACCGGCUAAAAUUACACGGGUAUCGUGGACAGACGGGCGAGAUAUGCAAGGCUUAAAGCCAUCAUAUUGUAGUUACUGGAGAAGUUGCGCAUAAUGUCUCAUUCCCGUUAUCAAUGCUAUCGAAGAUAGGUUUGUCAUCCCUCUGCGCAACACAGUCAAGUGUAGGCAGGAAAAUACCUGAUGGAUUGGCAGCUUGUCACUUUUUGCUUUUUUGGAAGUCAUAACUGCUUAGCGUACAUCAGGCGAUUAGUUAGCAAUUAUGUCUGGAUAAAUAGUUAUGUGUAGACAUUUAUGCCGAUAAAAUACUGCUUUCGAGGUUGAAAGAGAUAUCGCUCCGUUUUUUUCAUGCAUUUUGGAAAUACUAACUUGGUGCUCUGUUUGCGUACUUUUUGUGCUUCCAGUCCCAACUGCUGGUAAGGCUUCUAAAGAGCAAAGUCUUCUUACAGUAGACAGUUCGACAAAUCCACUCCAUCUAACGUUGUCAGUGACGAACUACUUAUACGACUGUUCUUUUUAGCUCACUUUCCACAGUGUACUGCGUCUCUUCUGGCUGAGUCGCCUUCUCUCCCUUUUAUAGGCUCCCAUAUUUAAUCAGACGAUCAGAUUCUUCAACAUCAGCUGGACUGUCUGCGUGCCAGGAAAAGCAGUCAAAGAAGUUCUGGAUGCUAUCGUAGUGGUUAAGUCAGCCGUCUACAACUUUGCAGUUCGUGAUCGCAUUCGGAGAACCUAUGCCAAAGAAGUCAAGCGUGAACAUGCCUUCCGCAUGGCCAUGGUCUUCUCCGUAGGACUACCCCGAAGCAGCGGGGGUCGGUACUUCCAGCGUGACGGUUUGAACAUCUCACUUCCGGGCCAGGCGGGUGAGUCGCUGGAAAAGAUGCGGUAUGAUGGUCCGACAGUCCUCAGAAAACUGGCAGAAGAAGCCCGACUCAACGGUGACCUCCUGCUGGGUGACUACGAGGACACCUACUAUAACCUCAGUCUCAAGUUAUUCCACAGCUUUCAAUGGGCCUCUCGUUUCUGUAGUCCACAUUUCGCCUCCCAACAACGACCUCCUGUCUUCAUUCUCCUGGACGAUGACUAUGCCUUCAAUGCAACCAUUUUGAAGACUGAACUGAUGGCACUCUCGGACACGCAAAUUCGACGAGUGACAUGGGGCAUGCUGCAGAUGUGGAGUCCAGUAUAUCGUCCUCUCGUGUCGCCAGGUUUUGAAAAAUGGAUCCUCUCUAAACGCCAAAUGCCCUGGCCCUACUUCGCGCCUUACGCCUCCGGUGCCUUCCUUGUGAUCGGCGCCGACAUUCUUAAGGAAAUCGCCCUGGCCAUGUACUUCACUCUACAAUUUCCAGUUGACGAUGUCUGGUUAGGAAUGGUUAUGACGAAGUUGAAUGUCUGUGUUGAGCCGCGUCCAUCCAUGCAUAUCUCCUGGCCGGGGGAGGUUAGAAAGGAGUUGGUUUCGUUUGCACCCCUCGACUACCUGUUCGGCUAA